CCCCAAACUGUGCAAAAUUUACAUGCACCAUAAAACCAUUAGGCAUAGGUAGCUAUGAAGAUGUUGGCAGUUCAAAAGACGCUGUUAUUGCUUUGUGUUGGGGUCUCACUGGCACAAGAUUUCAUUACAUCAGAACAGUUUAAGAACAUUGAGGAAAGGCUGAAAGCCACUGAGGAUAUACUGAGAGAACUGAAGAGAGAGAAUGAAGCUCUAAGGACUAUCACAAAAGCCUCAAGUGAUAAACUUGAAUCUAUCCAGGCAGAAAAUAAAGCCAAAAAGGUUGCCUUUUCAGCUGGACUUUUGGAAUCUGGAUCACAACAAGUUGGACCCUUUGUCACUCAGAAAACUUUGGUGUACCAAAAAAUCUUUACUAACAUUGGAAAUGCUUAUGACCCCAACACUGGUAUUUUUACAGCACCAGUGAAUGGAGUCUAUUUCUUCAGAUUUUAUGCUCAUGCUCAAGCUCCUAAUCAAAUGGCAGUCAGUCUCCAUAAAAAUGAUCAGCUCCAAUGCUCUGUAUAUUGUCAUCAGCCUUCUACCAAUGCUAAUGGCAGCAAUGGUGUUGUUCUCUCACUGCAGAAGGGUGAUAAAAUGUACACACAGCUGUGGGAGAACAGCUGGGUUUAUGACGAUGUAAAAAGCUACACUAGCUUCAGCGGUUUUCUGCUUUUCUCUUUGUAAGUGUCCACAGAAUCCGGAAUUGGAUGAAAAAAGAUGUGGGUGACACUUUAUAAUAACUGAAUCCUUAACAAACAUUAUGUAAUGCUUAACGGAUCAUUAGUCCAUAUAUAUUCACAUAUCUAGAAAUGUGAAAUAAUGUCUUUGUUAAUGUUUAAUUAAAAUUGAAUGUAAAUUAAAAUGCUUACAAAUGUCAUUAAACUUCUAAUUAAUAUGAUCAUGCAUAUCUUGAAAAUCUACAAAUGAUUUUAACAGAUGUUAUAAAAUGAUUAAAAGCUUGUGUUAAUGCACAACA